CACGAAGGCCGAGGCCGAGAUCCAGGUCAUUAGGGACUCGCUGAAAGCUGCAUCAGAUUCAGGGCAUUGGACGACAUUUGCUCCAUCGAUACUGCUUUGGGAAAUGUCACUGCUCCGACUCCGGCCAGGAGAGACGGCAAAGACGCCGACCAGUCGACCACCGCCACGGCCUCCGUUUAUUCUGCCUCGACGUCGAUUAAGCUGAGGAACGAUGAGGUCUUCGAAUCCAGAGCUUUGAUGAUACGGAACAUCAUGGGCGCUCUUGCCGACAACAGCAAUAGUGUGGUCGGGGUUUAUGGUAUGGGCGGGAUCGGCAAGUCCACUCUUUUAGAGGAUGUUGAAAGGAAAAUAAGAGAAGAGGAGUCGUUUGAUUGGGUCGCUAAGGCAGACGUGUCGGAAAAUCCAGACAUCAAGACGAUUCAAGGAGAGAUUGCGGACGCCUUGGGCCUUACUGAUAUAAAGAACAAAGAGAUUAUCAGCGGGCGAGCGAAACUUCUGCACGGGAGGUUGAAAGACGAGGAGAGGGAGAAAAAGAAGGUCCUCAUAAUACUGGACAACCUGUGGGAGGGGCUUGAGUUAAAAAAAGUUGGUAUUCCUUGCGGAUACGACAACAAAGUCAUGGGUUGCAAGUUGUUGUUGACCUCAAGACAUCGUGAUGUUUUACGAAGGGAUAUGGGCUGCGAUAAGGACUUUUCCCUUGGUGGGCUGAAGGAUGAAGAGGCAAAAAGAUUGUUUGAGAAGACUGUGGGAGACAAAGUUCAUGAUGACGAGCUCAAAUCCUGGGUGAAUGUAGCACUCGACAAAUGUGCAGGUGUGCCUUUCCUAAUUGAUGCAAUGGCGAAACGCUUUAAAGAUGCUGAAUUAUAUGAAUGGAGGAAUACUUUGAAAAAUUUCGAGGAGUUUAAAGAUAAAGAAACCAAAUAUUUGAUAAAUCAUAUGUUGCAAUGGAGUUAUGAUAAAUUGGAAGAGGAUGUGAAGUCAUUGUUACGACUUUGUGUUGUUUAUAGUAUCUCCAAGCCUUCUCUUGAAAAUUUGGUGAGGUAUGGUUUUGGUUUGGGGUUAUUUGGAGAAGUUAGUAGCAUGGAAGAAGCUAGAGAUAGGUUGCGCUUGCAAAUCCGUACUCUUCAAGCCUCCUCCCUUUUGUUAGAUAGUGAAGAUGUUGAUGGUUUCAAAAUACAUGACUUGGUUUGUGAGUUUGUUACCUUGGUCGUCUCAAGAGAUCACCCUCUUCUUGUGUUGAAAGAUAAAGAUAAGUCGAUACUAGAGUUGUUGAAGGACAAGCUCAAUAGUUGUAGGGCAGUAUGCUUUCCGUACGUUGACAUGGAGGAGCUUCCUCAAGAGUUAGAUUGCCCUGAAUUGCAAAUCUUUUUGUUUUUCACAAACAAGAAAUCUCUUAAGGUCCCAUAUUCAUUAUUUCACUCUAUGAGGAAACUCAUGGUCUUAAAUCUUACUAGGAUACGUCUCACUUGCUCCCCUUCGUCGCCAUUUCAAUUCUUGGAGAAUUUACACACUCUAUGUCUUGAUAGUUGUUCAUUAGAUAAUGUAGCCAUUCUUGGCGAGCUAAAAAGGCUACAAAUUCUCAGUUUUGUGAAUUCAAAUAUUCAUCGAUUGCCAAAAGAAAUUGGGCAACUAGUAGAGCUAAGGUUGUUAGAGUUAAACCAUUGUCCACAACUUGAGAUAAUUGAACCGGGUAUACUUCAAAGCUUGAUCAAGUUGGAGGAGCUUUACAUGAAGGGUAGCUUUAAUCAAUGGAAUACCAUGGACCAAACUCCACCAACUAAUGCCAGUCUGAUUGAGUUGAAUCACAUGAAGAAUCUCCGCACUCUGCAUGUGUCCAUUCCUAAUUCGAGUGUGCUUCCAGAGGAUCUAAACAUCGAGAAAUUAACUAAGUAUGAAAUUAAAAUAGGUAAUGUGUGGGGUUGGUUGAGCAAGCUCAAAGGAUUGAGGACAUUGGAGAUCAAGUCAGAUCCACUAGGUAAUAUCCUUCAGAAAGGAUGCAUUCAAAGUAUUUUGGGCAAAACUGACAAUUUGCUUUUGGAGCAGUUGGAUGCAAGUGAGCAAAGUAUUUGCAUGUUAUCCCAAAAAGGUUUUCCAGAAUUAAAGCAUCUACAGGUCGAGAAUAGUCCCUUUAUCCAUUACAUCCUCCAAUCGCUAUCCCAUAUACAUUUUAAGAUGUUGGAAUCGUUAAUUCUCAAGAAUCUCAUCAACUUGGAGAUGAUAUGCGGUAGCCACAUCUCCUCCAAGUCCUUUAGUACAUUAAAAGUAGUAAAAGUCAAAAGUUGUGACAAAAUGGAAGUAUUGUUUCCUCUUUCAGUGAUGAGAGGACUUCCACGAUUAGAAGAGAUCCAAGUGGUGAGUUGCAAGUUAAUGCGCACGAUUAUAGAAGCUGAUGAUUGUCACAAAUUUGAGUUGUGUAAUUUGCAUGUAUUGAAAUUGCAUGACUUGCCAAAUAUCAAGAACUUUUUCAACGUUGGGUCAACUCUUUUGAGUAGUACUUCAUACGACCAAGUUAGCACUCAAAUUGCAUUCUUCAAUGGGCAACAUGUUGCAUUUCCUAGCUUGGAGGCAUUAAAUAUCGCUAGCUUGGAUAACAUCGAGAUGAUAUGGGACAAUCAAGUUGCCGCAGAUUCUUUCCAUAAUCUUAAAUCCCUUUAUGUGGAUGGAUGCAAUAAGCUAGUGAACCUUGUUCCUUCUUGCAUUCUAGGACGACUCUUGAGCCUAGAAAUUUUGAUGGCAAGAAGGUGUGGCUCGCUUGAAGUUGUUUGCGAACUUCAGCCACUGAAUCUUUUAGAUGGACAUCCUAUUGCUCUUCCAUUAAAAAAACUUACGGUAUCAGAAUUACCAAAGCUAAAGUGUGUAUGGGAUAAGAAACUCCACCAUCAACUUAAAUUUCAAUGUCUACGUUCUAUUAGCAUUUCUAGAUGCAAGAGCCUUUCUUCUCUGUUUCCAACCUCAAUAGCCAAAGAUCUCAUGCAGCUUGAGGUGUUGAAGAUCGAUCAAUGUGGCAUUGCAAAAUCAUCGAAAAGGAAGAUGGACUAG